AUGACCGAACAGCCUCGCAUCCUGCGUCCGCGACCGAGACGACCAUUCGACCUGACGCCCGCUUCCACGGAGUCAUCCGGACCUUCAACACCGGCCGAGUCAACAGGCACCGAGUACCUGAACCCGCAAGCAGACGCAUCGAACUCAACGAAUGUGAGCCGCACAGGAUCAGUGAUGAACCUGACCUCGUCGACACUGUACGGCAUCUACUCGCCGACGGCAUUCGAAGGGUUUCGCGACGAGUCCAGCCCCUGGGGCACGGAGGCCAACAGCCCAGCGGCGGAGUUCCCUCCCGAGCCAUUGCAGCGCGCAGCAGAGAAAUCGGCCAUAGAUCCGCGGCGGAUGGCGCUGCGGAGGACUCGGUCUCGGUUGAGCCAUGGGUUGUUCCGGGGCGUGAUCUUGCCGCAGGCAUUGAGCAGCGUGCUACUCUUUGGAUUUGGUCUUGCUUACGGUGUGAUCACCGUUCAUCUUCAUGAUAACCAUUGGAUUACGCCUGUCAAGCUGGAGAAUAUUCAUUACUACAAUUCAUGGCAGUACCUGGGCUUCUGGGGUUUGGCUGGUAUUGCUCUGGGUAAUCUGCUUCCUUGGCUGGAUAGCUGGCGUGAGAGCGAGUCUGAUUCGAAGCUUGCGAGUGCCAAUGAGGAGGACAGUGAGGAUCGCACCCCGUCCUGGGUUACUGUUGCUCGCAGUGUUGGAGCGUUUGUCGGAAUUGCAUUUGCUAUGGUAAGUGGAUUAGGUGUUGUUCUCUACACUAACCGUUUUUCUCUAUUUAUAUGGGACGACGCUAACAUUUGGUUUUUUUUUUUUAGCGGAGACUCCCUUUGGGAAUCCACCACACAAGCAUCCUUGACCCUCGCGCUCGCGAACCCCGUUCUCUGGUACCUGAUUGACCGCACCACGACUGGCUUCGUCCUCUCAACCACCGUUGGUCUGGCCGGCAUGGGGGUGGUUCUUGGCCUCAAGCCAGAGCUUGUGCCCAUAUCGACCGGCCCAUCAUUCGGCGCCAGUGUUCUGAAUGGAACAGGACUGGAGAAUGUGCUGGGUGCAGGCAUCACACAGGAGAGCAUUGCGGUCCGCACUUGGGUUGCUAGUGUCAUUUUUUGCGCGUGCGUGUGCUUUGGAAACGUUGGCCGUCAGCUUGCCAUCGGAUCUGGCGUUAGAGAUGUCAUGAAGCCAUGA